GAGAAUACGACUUAUUAAGCGACGUUAUUAAAUGUCAACGAUUUGUAGAGGUUGCAAUAAUACGAAAACUUAUACCAAAGAAAAUGGCUGUGCAAUUAACAAAUAUGGAAGAAGAAAAGUAUACCGCCGGAAUGAUUCUUAGCGGUGUUGGAGAUGCAUUGGGAUACAGAAGAGGCAAUUGGGAAUUUUGUUUGGAUGGGAAUAUUAUUCACGAAGAGCUAAAGCAUCUGGGGGGUCUUUCGAAACUGAAAGUUGAUACGAAAGAAUGGAUGGUCAGUGACGAUACUGUAAUGCAUUUAGCAACCGCUGACGCUCUCAUAAAACACAAGCAAAGUGUUGAUAAAUUAAAGUUAUACCAGGACAUUGCAAACAAUUACAUUCGUUGCAUGAAUGACAUGGUCGGAAGGGCGCCAGGAAUAACAUGUAAAGAAAUGUGCAGACGUCUUCAACCCGACAAACUUCCAAAUGGUUUGAGAAUUCCGUUUAAUACGAGAGGUGGUGGAUGUGGUGCUGCGAUGAGGUCUAUGUGUAUCGGGUUGAGAUUUCCACACGAUGUGCAAGUCAACGAUUUAGUUGAAAUAAGCAUAGAGUCAGGAAGGCUUACUCACCAUCAUCCAACUGGAUACCUUGGCUCACUGGCAGCAGCUCUAUUCACAUCAUACGCUGUUCAAGACAGGCCACUAAAAGAAUGGGGUAAAGGAUUGUUAACAACACUUGAGAUUGCUAAAGACUAUGUAUCACAGGAAAAAGAAAACUUACAUCCAGACAUAGACACUAUACAGCAAAAUAUUGAUCACUGGAAUUAUUUUCAAGCGAAAUGGGAAUUCUUCCUCCGAAUGAGAAAUAUAUCAGACGGACAAUCCGAUCCAAUUUUUUCACCGGACGAAUACCAAGUAAAGAAACGUGACCAGAUGUACCGCAUGCUUAGUUAUGACGACAUCGGCGGGGCAAGUGGUCAUGAUGCACCAAUGAUCGCAUAUGAUGCAUUAUUAGCUUGCAAAGGAAACUGGGAUGAUUUAUGUCAUCGAGCAAUGUUUCAUGGGGGCGACAGUGAUAGCACUGGUGUUAUUGCAGGAUGUCUUUAUGGUGUUUUGUACGGAAUUGAUGCAGUCCACAAGAAGAACUAUAAAGGGCUAGAAUAUUUUGACAGAUUGAAAAAUGUUGGCAAAAAAUUGUUUCAUCUAGCAAAAGAGGCAAAGUUUAUGACAACUACAAUCGAAUUAAAACCAGACAAUGAUGAGAAGUUAAAAUAUUGUGAUAAAGAUGGUGCUACUAAAUCAUCUUUCUCUGAGUCGUUUAUCGAAGCCGGAGCAAAUCCAGACACCGAAACAGAAUAGACAAAUGCAUGUUCUGUCACGUCAAGUAAAUAAUACUUUGAUGAACAAGUAACAAAAACAAAUUCAUGUUAAGAAGUAUAAGGAUUCUAAAAGCAAACAUAAGCAAAACGAAAACAAUAUAUAGACUAUGAAAAGCCUUUUGGAAAAAUAUAGACGUUUUUAUAAAAAAAAAAUGUUAUCUACCUUUUAUAACAUCAUGUAAUUCUUUAUCUUUCCUUUCGUCUAAUAAAAAACAUAUAUUUGA